AGAGAAAACACCAAUGAAAGCCUAGGAAAGAGAACGAAUUUAUAAUGGAGGUCGAUGGCAAAAGUUGAUUCUUCCAUCAACCAUAUCACGUCCUUGGUGUUUGUGAAACGUUGAAGGAUAUCAUAGUUCUUUUUUAUUCACUCUUUUUUCUUGGAAACCAACAGCUUGGUUCAUAUUAUUUUUGAUCAUCAUCAUGCCUCGUAGACGUACUGCAGCAGCUCCCGCUUCCAGCCAACGCCGCACGCCCGGUUCUUCACGACCUGCUUCUACCAUGGCUGCUUCUCCUGGUAUGGCUCCUUCUGCUGCCCAACCUGCUCGUCCAGCUGCCCCUCCUGCUCAGCACGCACAACCUCCCGCAGCCGCUCCUGCUGCUCCCCCUACGGCCAUCCCUUCCUCAGGUGGUACAGGCUUUUUCGGUAAUUUGGUUAGUACAGCUGCUGGUGUAGGUAUUGGUAGUACAAUUGGUCAUACGAUGGGCAAUUUAAUUACUGGUGCAUUUGGUGGUGGAAGUUCAGCUCCUGCUGCACAAGACAACUCUGCGCCAGCAGCGGCUCCUUCUCAAGCCGAAACCGGAUUUGGUUCAACGACUGCCUUUUCCGAUGCCGGUGCUGAAGAGUCCAAGAAUGCUUGCAAUGGAGAAGCCAAGACAUUUGCUGAGUGUAUGAAUCAACAUGGCUUUGAUCACUGUUCUUAUUAUUUAGAACAAUUAAAGGCUUGUCAAUCUCUUUGGUCACCUUCUUCUUAAAUUAUGAUAUAAAAAAUUUGGAUUCUCUUAACGUUUUGUUUUCUCCCCUCUCUUUACAAGCACGUAUUCUCGACUUGAAGUUCAUUUAUUAUUAUUAUUAUUACAGAUAAGAAAAAAUAAGAAAACAAGAACACGUUUUUUAUUCAUUUUUAUUGUUUGCAUUUAGCAUUUCCUAUCCAGUUAAAAUUAUAGAAAAAUAGAUAAUAACUACUGUACAAAGAGGUC